AUUGUAUGUGAUUUGGGAUCUCGUGAGUGGAAAUUUUAGAUUUUGAUCCGGCAACACUGGGUAUACAAAAUUUGACUUUGACAUUUCAUUUAAAAUCUAUUUUGGCACCUGCCAAAAUCAAAAAUACCAAUACGAAAUUCGUCAUUGAUCACACGUUCAACGAGUGCAAUAAUAAUGCUGAGGUCUGCGAUUUUAGCUGAAACCGUUUUAAAAAAUGGUCCAAAGGUUCUUGGUUCCGUACCAAAUCCUCGUUGGCAGCCUCAACAACAGCAAACUCGAAAUCUCAAUGUUCAUGAACACAUCAGUUACACAUUAUUGAAAAAUGCAGGAAUUCCUGUCCCUAAAUUUGGUGUUGCCAAAAAUAAAGAAGAAGCUAAAAAAAUUGCCCAAGACUUAAAAAUAAAAGAACUGGUAUUAAAAGCUCAAGUUUUAGCUGGUGGUAGAGGUAAAGGAAGCUUUAAAAAUGGACAUAAAGGUGGUGUCUGCAUGGUUUAUUCGCCUGAAGAAGCAGAACAAGUUGCUGGAAAAAUGCUGGGCCAAUACCUAGUCACCAAACAAACUGGAGAAAAAGGAAGAAUAUGUAAUGCUGUCAUGGUAGCAGAAAGAAAAUUUCCCAGGAAAGAAUUUUACUUUGCAGUAAUGAUGGAACGUGCCUUUAAUGGCCCUGUUAUAAUAGCGUCCUCCCAAGGUGGUGUGAAUAUUGAAGAGGUGGCUGCUGAGAAUCCUAGUGCUAUUUUAUAUGAGCCUAUUGAUAUUAUCAAAGGCUUGACAAAGGAACAAGCUGAAAAAAUAGCCUGUAAAGCUGGUUUAGAGGGCCAAAAAGACAGGACUGCAGAUAUGCUCUUGAAAAUGUAUGAUCUAUUCAUUAAAAAGGAUGCACUUUUAAUUGAAAUCAAUCCUUAUGCUGAAGAUGCAGGAGAAACGUACUUUUCCCUUGACGCUAAAUUUCGAUUCGACGAUAACGCUCAAUUCCGUCAAAAAGAACUUUUCGCUCUCCGAGAUUGGACCCAAGAAGACGAAAAAGAAGUGGCCGCCGCAAAAUUCGACUUAAAUUACAUCGCUCUCGAUGGUAAUAUUGGUUGUAUGGUUAACGGCGCGGGUUUGGCCAUGGCAACCAUGGACAUCAUUACCCUUCACGGUGGUAGUCCCGCUAACUUUUUGGACGUCGGCGGCGGUGCCACCGCGCAAGCCGUUAAAGAAGCCUUUAAAAUUAUUACUGCAGAUCCAAAGGUUCACGCUAUCCUCGUGAAUAUCUUUGGAGGUAUCAUGAGAUGCGACGUCAUCGCUGAGGGUAUCAUAGCCGCCGCCAAAGAACUUAGUUUAAAGAUGCCGAUCAUCUGCAGAUUACAAGGAACGAACGUAGAUGACGCAAAAGUAUUGAUCGCAUCAUCCGGACUGAAAAUUUUACCAGUAGACAAUUUGGACGAGGCUGCGAGACUGGCUGUAAAAUUAUCGAAUAUUGUCAGUUUGGCGAGAGAUGCAAAAUUAGAUAUUAAUUUCGAAAUGCCCUUGUAAAUGAUGCAAAUGCAAUUUUUUUAUUAGAAAUGUAAACUCGCACGAAUCGACGAUGUUCACCGCUAUUUCAGGUAUUCCACUAGCUUUCAAUGUAAAAUACAUAUAUACAAUUUUGAGCAGAUUACCAAUUAUUUAUUGUUACAUUGUAAAAAUAAUAAGAGUAUAAUUAUAAAUGUUUUCAAUUUUUAAAGAAAUCAAUUCUAAUAGAAAACUGCCAAGAUUGGAAGUAAAAAUAUCUUUGGGUGUUUUAAGUUGUCAUAUAAUCUUUAUUAUUAGAAUUUGUACCUGGUAAUUUUACCUGGGUUUUGAAAAAAAUAUAAUUUAUUUUUGUCAGCUAUUAAAAAACAAAUUAUGUGUCUUUAAAGGUUACAGGAAAGCAAGUUAUUUUUUUACAGGAGCUUUUUAUGUUCAAUAGCUUUAUCAAUUUCAACUAAUAAUAAACAGUAAUGUGUGAUAGUCAAUACUAAGAAUAUUUGUUGAAAUAAUGAAAUACCAGUUUGUUAUAAUUAUUAUUAUUAUAUGUAUAUAGUAAUUUUAAACUAGUUAAAUUGUAUAAUUAGUGUAAUAAUUUCAGAAAAACUGGUUAUUAUUAAAUUAUUAUGACCAUGUUUAAAAACCUAUUGAUUUGGCAGUAUCAUAUUAGCUAACAGAUUUUGUGAAAUGACAUUAAGAAACUACCCUACUACUACCUAUUGCAAAUGUCAAAAUCGUUAAAAUCUGCAAGAACAACAGAUUUUAUUUAUUAUAUUAUAUAUACACUCAGAAUUGCAUGGUAAUUUUUAAGAGUCUAUCUAUUUGUAUUAUCAAAACCAUUCUUAUUUAUUGAUUUAUUUCAUGAAAUAAAUUAUUUAAAAAAAUAUA